AUGGGAUUGAACAAUUUCAAUGGAUUGCCACUGAAACCAUUGGCAUCGUACAAUCCUAUUUGCGAUGGAUUUAUACAAGCAGGAGAGUCAUCGGAUGAAAGCUUCGAUACUUUUGAAGAAAUACUUCAAUAUAGCAAAGAAGAAAAUGUAGAUCUUAUACUUUUUGGUGGAGAUCUAUUUCACGAUGCGAAACCAACAGUUUCCGAUGUAUCAAAAUGUAUGGAAUUGUUAAGAAAAUACUGUACGGGUCCCAGAAAAAUUAACAUUGAAUUUUUGAGCGAGCCGGAAUUAAUAUUCCCACAUUUUGAGAAUCUAAAUUUGAAUAUCAACGUGCCAAUAUUUUCCAUUUAUGGGGAAAGUGACUAUCCAAGUAAGAAAUAUAAUGUUAAUAGUUUAAGUACAGUGAUUUGUGAACCUAUGAGAUCCAUAUACGUAUCGAGAGACCUUCCCUUUUUUUUAAUGCAAAUGAUUUUCAUUCAUAGGUGGAGCCGUGAACUUGCAUCCGAAUACUUUAAUUUGUUCGUUUUACAUAAAAAACGUGCACCAUAUAUUAAACAUGGAUAUACUUCGGAAGCCCACUUUCCCCCUUUAAUCCACUUAGUCGUGUGGGGAGGUGAACACGAAUGUUGCAUCACAGGCGAGUCUAUCUCUAAACAGGAAUACUACAUUACUCAACCAGGUAGCACUGUUGCGACCUCUUUGUGCGAGGGCGAAUCCAAGGCCAAACACAUUGGGAUACUCUGCGUGAACGAUUACAGAGUCAAGUUGAAGAAAUUAAAACUAAAAACCGUUAGACCAUUUGUGUUCGACACUCUGAACCUUGACGAUGUGAACAUAAAGAGUAACGAUAGAUCGUUAUUAAAAUCAGUUCGUUUUAAUUUUGUCGUCCGUCGCUUAGAAAACAAAUUAAUUCUUAGAGCUACGGAACAAUUGAAUCACCCGAAGCAACCAGUGUUACCGUAUGUUCGAUUGAAAGUACUUUACUUGACACAUAGCCAAAUGUUCGAUACGACGAGAUUGACACAGAAAUAUUGCGAUAAAGUUGCUAAUCCUGACGAAUUAAUUGAAUACGAACGAACGUCGAUGUGGCUAACGGCUAAACCGAGAAUCGAGAUACCUGACAUUAUUAACAGCGGAUGAUCUAAAGACCCAGACGGGAGAAGACCCUGACGCUUUUGCUAACCUACAAAGGCGUGAGAUAGAAAAAGUUGUGGAAGCUAGCGAAGCCACUGCAGAUGAGGAAAGUAUUAUGAUAUCGAUGAUUGUGAUAAGGGAAAGGAAGCAUAAAAACUCUCCCCCUCUCUCUCUCUCUCUGUCUCUUUAGUUAUCUCUCUACCUAUUCUAAGUUAUUGCAUUUGGAUGAAAAUAUGUACUGUAAAUAUCACGGAAAAUGAAUACCCACAAAAAGUUACCAAUAAAUUAAGCUACAAAUAAAAACUCCA